UUAGUUCAGAGUUAUCUCAAUCUCAUCCAAAGGUUUUAUAACGAAACUACAUUAAAUUAAAUUAAAUUAUUAUUACUAUUAAAUAAUAAUAAUAUUAUUAUUAUGAAGCAUCCUCCUCGUCCUCACGCCGUCGUGAUUCCAUACCCGGCGCAGGGCCACAUCGCCCCUGUCCUAAAAUUGGCCAAGAUUCUGCACUCCAGGGGCUUCUUCAUCACCUUCGUCAACACUGAGUUCAACCACACCCGCCUGGUCCGGGCCCGGGGACCCCAAUCCGUGCAGGGACUCCCGGACUUCCAGUUCAGGACCAUCCCCGACGGCCUGCCUCCUUCCGACAAGGACGCCACCCAGGAUAUUCCUCAGCUCUGCGAUUCCCUCCGCCGGAAUGGAUUCCCUCCUUUUCUCCACCUGCUCCGGGACCUCAACGACUCCCCGGACUGCCCCCCGGUCACCUGCAUCGUUUCCGACGGCGCCAUGAGCUUCACUCUCGACGCCGCUGACCAGCUUGGAAUCCCCGAGGUUGUGUUCUUCACCACCAGCGCCUGUGGAUUCAUGGGUUAUUGCAAUUACGCUGAGCUCGUGACACGUGGCAUAUUUCCCCUCAAAGAUGAGAGUCAGAUUACGAACGGGUUUCUUGAAACGGAGCUGGAGUGGGUUCCGGGUAUGAAGAACAUUAGGCUGAGGGAUUUUCCGAGCUUUAUUCGGUCAACGGACCCCGACGACAUUAUGGUCAACUAUAACAUUAUACAGACGAGGGAUGCGUCGAGGGCGAAGGCUGUAAUAAUUAAUACGUUCGACGAACUGGAGGAGGAGGUCCUGGGAGCUCUCAGGGAAAAGUUCGGCCACGUCUGCACAAUCGGGCCCCUGCAGCUGCUGGAGCACGAGGAGGUCAAAGAUCCCGAGGUCCGGGCCCUCGGGUCCAGCCUCUGGAAAGAGGACGACGCCUGCCUCCAAUGGCUGAGCCAGCGGGCGCCGGAUUCGGUUCUGUACGUAAAUUUCGGAAGCAUCACGGUGCUGUCGCGGGAGCAGGUCCUGGAGUUCGCGUGGGGGCUGGCGAACAGCAAUCAGUACUUUUUGUGGGUGAUCAGGCCGGACCUGGUGGUCGGGGAGUCGGCGGUGCUGCCGGAGGAGUUCGCGGCGGCGGUGGCGGGUCGGGCCAUGAUGGUCGGGUGGUGCCCGCAGGAGCGGGUCCUGGCCCACCCGGCUGUGGGCGGGUUUUUGACGCAUUCAGGGUGGAAUUCGACGGUGGAGGGGGUGGCGGAGGGGGUGCCGAUGAUAUCGUGGCCGUUCUUUGCGGAGCAGCAGACGAAUUGCCGGUACGUGUGCGGCGCGUGGGGGAUGGGGGUGGAGAUUGAGGGGGAGGUGAAGAGGGAGGAGGUGGCGCGUCUGGUGGGGGUUCUGAUGGAGGGGGAGAAGGGGAAGGAUAUGAGGAAGAGGGCGCGUGAGUGGAAGGAGAAGGCGCGGGCCGCCGCGAAGAGCGGUGGCGCGUCGCGCCGGAAUUUGGAGCAUUUGAUCGAUCAAGUGCUGCUGCGGGGCCGGAAUUGAAUAUUAAUUGCGGUUUGUUUUUCUGUUUGUUUGUCCGUUUUCGAUAAUUAAUGAUAUAUUAAUGACGCAAUCGGCUGUUGUUUAUCUGUAACUGUUGCAUUAAUGUGAGACGAUAGCGUAGUGUUACUAUUAUAUUGGUUAUUGUUACAAGUUACCUCAAAUUCACAUAAAAUAUAGAUUAUAAAUAGUACUCGUAAGUUUCAAAUAAGUUGCAACAUUAAAGUAGGAUAAUUUAAAAAUUAGAUGAUGUGAUUGAGUGAAAAA